GAAGAGGAAGCUGAGAGGAUAGUACUUCCAGCGUAGUGUGUGUGAAAUUCAAUACAACGGUCAGGGUUGUUAACAAACUAACAAUGUUUUCAGUGAAUAUCCUGCGGAGAUUACGACCCUGUGUACUUUCUCAGUCCUACUGUAACAUUGCGGCCGCGCGACAGUUUUACGUGUCCUGCGUCAAAGGAGUGAGUGGGAACCAGCACCAUGCUGUCAGAAGGUCGUUCCUCAACCUGAGCUACAAGGUGCAGUCCCACUGUCUGUCCACCCGCUGUCUCUCCACAGUGACCCACUCUGAGGAUGGGAACCUCAUUUACACUGGUAGCCUGGGCAUGGCUGUCCGAGGAGUGAAGAUGUUUUCUUACAGCACCAGUGCGGCCAGCCUCUUUCUCAUGCCGCAAAUCCUCCUGAAGACCGGAUUAGGAGUCCAGAGCUUGGCUGUGCAGGCUGCUUUCUGUGGAAUCAUUGGAUUCUUCACCUUCCUGACCCCUGUCCUCUUCCACCUCAUCAGUAAGGGCUACGUAUUCCGCCUGUACCACAACCCAGACAGAGAUACCUAUACUGCCAUCACCUGUAGCGUCCUUCUCACUGAAAAAAAGACUGUGUUCCACCAGAGGCAGGUCAGGAUCCCAGCCGUCAGCAAGAUGUUCACCACCUUCUAUGCUGAUAAAGCGGGGCUGCUGGUAAACCCAGACCUGUUCCUCACUCCACAUGACUACAACCACCUGAUGGGCUACGAUAAGCCCUUCAGCUUCGACACAGAGGACAUGGACAGACCAGAGAAGAGCUGAACUGCAAACAAGUUAAAUGUGAUGUUAGUAUAUGAAUUAUGUCUACAACUUCAAACUGCACAGUUUGUAACACUCACAUUUCUACCAGGGUGAAACAUCCACCAAGGACUUAGCAACCAACAUAAUUUCCCAAUCAAAUUUUCGUUGGGUUUUUUUUCAGUAUUUUAAUGGCUGUUUCAUGUUAAUAAAUUAAAACAUCAUCACCACGACCCAUUGUCUGAAACAGUUUCCUUUUGUUGGUCUCUGCCACUGUGUAAUGACAGUACACAUUCACUUUUAGGGCCCUAUCUUACGUCCAACGCACAGUGGUGUGCGGAACGGUGCACAGUGCAGCGCAGCUUUCAUUGCUAGUUUCAGACCAAUGUAGUUCCGUAUCCAGCACCCAUGUUGUUUAAUUAGCAAAUGUAUUUACACCAAUGGGUGUAUAGGUUUUAAAAUGAGGUGUGGUCAGGUGCAUUGACUAAAUGCUGCAAUUCUGAGGCGGCGGACUGACUGCACCAUUGACCCUACAAAAUAUGCUCAGAAAUCAGAAUGUCCCAGAGUUUUCCUGUUAUUUAAAGGGCGCAUCAUUAUUAUUAUUCAGAUACUGAGAUGUGCCUACAAAGAUGGCUUUAAAAUGCUUGUACAGUCUGCUUAUUAGGCACACAGGAACAUGUGGAUGGGUUCCCGGUGGGUGAAAUAAUACAUCAUAAAGACAAAUAAUGACUUUAUGUAAAAGGGUUAACAUAGUAGAGAUCGGAGCAAAGCUGCAUAGCUGCUGUCUGACUCCACAUUGAGAGAGGCUGUGUGCAUUUACGCAGGAGGAGCAGCGUAACUUUAUUGAUUGUUUAAAAAGCUAAAAGUUAAGUUCUGUUUCCUCUGGCGAGUUUCUAAAUGUCCCACGGUAUUAGCUGCAUUAACAAUACUGCUCUCACUCAGCAGAAGACCACUCACUGCUCCAGUUUGCCAAAUCUACCAUGUAAAUAGCAUUUGUACCUUGCUUGUAAAGGAUAUAGGAGAUUACUCUGUGACUGGUUGAAUAUGUUACCCCAAAACCCACCUGUGAUUAAUUAAGGAACUAAAUACAACCCCUUUGCCCCUUGCACCUUACUUUGCGCCCAGACUAUGUGCAUUUGAACUAGCAGAAGUAAGACACGCCUUAAUGCACUUGCACCAUUCAAUUUAGAACAUGCACUAUAGAUCAUUUAAAUAGGGUCCUUUGAAUUUCUGGACGUAAUCCAAAUUUCAUUCAGAGGCAGUCAUUUUUCUUAUCACUUUUCAAACAUUCGAUUGCAUACUGCUUUCUCAGUAAGACUGGAUAUCAAGUGUUUUAGUACGAGUGUUGUUAAUGAUGGAACUGAUUGCAGAAAAUGUUUUACGAUGUCAUACUUUGAGGAACACUGAAAAAAAAUCUUCCUCUUUUGUCAUUUAGCAAAGCAGACAAAUUUCACAAAGGAGCUCUUUUUUGUAAACUUUUUUUCCACAAUAUCUCAACAUCUUGUGAGGUAAAGACUGUUUUGUGUGAGUGUUUACAAUAGACAACCAGAAGACAGCUAAAGAGUUGUGCUCAUUGUUUGGACACAGUGUGUGUGACAGUUCUCCUUACAAUAGCUCUCUCAGCAGCUGAUUGUUACCUGUGACUGGCACUACAGCACCAGCUUUGUGUACUUAAACAAGAGAUUAAAUAAUGAUGUCAUUGGAUUUAACUGACACAACAUUAUCAACCAGAGGGAUCUUGGAGUUAAUAUUCACAAUAAUUGUUUUCAUCAGUGCUUAAUAACUGAAUAAAGAAAACCUGCCAGAAUUAAUCAGAAAUUGAAGAACAGAUGUUUAAUGUAUGUGCUUCCAAAUAAAAGUUCACUGGUAUUUUAUUGUA